AUGUUUGUAACAGAUAAGUUCUUAGAGAAAAUAAGUAACACAGCACUGGAAAAUCUGAGUUUUACCGAAUGUACUUUUCUCAUUUCAGAAGGUACUGAGAAACAGCCGAAAAAAAUUAAGUUAGCAUUUGGAGAAUCAUAUAAAACAGUCUGCUUCGACAUGUGCAGUAUAUAUAUUGAAGACAUAAAAUCACAAACCAUAUGUCAAUCGCACUAUGCAACAAUUAUCAUUGAACUGAGUAACUGUAUAAAUCUACGUACUCUGACAGUAAAUUCGGGUCGAUAUGUGAAUGUUGUGCUUAGGAACAAAAAAUAA